GACUAGGUCCUGGUUCGGGUGCGCGGUGCUUUCCUUCGCGAGCCCGGAUCCUCUGCCCUGCUGCGGGGUCGGGGAGUUCCUUAGUCUCGGACACUCGCGUUUGGGGGUUGUGUGUGUGUGUGUGUGCGUGCAGCUGUCCAGCCCGCCGCUAAGCUCCCUCGCCCCCAGCUCCCCUGCGCUCAGCUCCCGCACCGCACGCAGCCCGCUGAAAGCCGCGCGCGCCGCCAGCUCUGCGAGGGAUGGAGCAGACCGAGGUGCUCAAGCCGCGGAGCCUGGAGGAUCUGAUCCGCCUCCUGCACCAGCUCUUCGCCGGCGAGGAGGUCAACGUGGAGGAGGUGCAGGCCGUCAUGGAAGCCUACGAGAGCGACCCCGCCGAGUGGGCAGCGUACGCCAAGUUCGACCAGUACAGGUAUACUCGAAAUCUUGUGGAUGAAGGAAAUGGAAAAUUCAAUCUAAUGAUUCUAUGCUGGGGUGAAGGACAUGGCAGCAGUAUCCAUGAUCACACGGACUCCCACUGCUUUCUGAAGAUGCUGCAGGGAAACCUGAAGGAGACCUUAUUUGCCUGGCCUGACAAGAAAUCCAACGAGAUGAUCAAGAAGUCUGAAAGAAUCUUGAGAGAAAACCAGUGUGCCUACAUCAAUGAUUCCAUUGGCUUACAUCGAGUCGAGAACAUUAGCCACACGGAACCUGCUGUGAGCCUUCACUUGUACAGUCCACCGUUCGAUACGUGCCAUGCCUUUGAUCAAAGAACAGGACAUAAAAACAAAGUCACCAUGACAUUCCACAGCAAAUUUGGAAUCAGGACUCCAUUUACAGCUUCGGGAUCCCUGGAGAACAACUAAGGAGUACCACUUCCUCUAAGGUUUUAAGCUUAAGGUCUGCUAAAAGUUUUACCCUGGACAGGGACGCCUCCAGCAGCUGCUGUCCAGUAAUACACUUUACGAAGCCAAUACUUAGAUCUCCUGCAAGGCAGAUGCUAAUUGUCAAGCACUGAGCGAGCAGAUAGUGCCCCAAGCUACUGCAGAAGAAAAACCCCAUUAAAGACAAAACAGGCUCGUAAUUUUAAAGGCCAAUGCAAGUGCUCUCCUGGUUUUAUCCUCUGAAUUCAGUGGAACCAUACUGGGGAGGGAUGUCAAUGACUAUCAUCAAUUCAAUGAAGGUUUUUACAGCUUUUGGAAACACUUUGGUCUCUGAAUUAUAAUUAGCAAUAAAUAAAAACCAGAAACCACAGACAUCAGAUGCUUGCCUUGUUCCUUGGAGGACUAAAUGUAGGUGUCUUUUGUAUUCUUUGUAUGUUCUUAAUAUUUGCAGAGAAUUUUUUGAAUCUAUGGAUUUUAUUUUUUCAUUCUUACUUGACAAAUUCCUGUCCAUGAAGUAGCAGGAUAUGGUAGACAGAAACUCAAGGCACUUUGCCGUUUGGUAAUGAAAGGGAGGCCAGAAGAUUUUAGGAAAGUCCCUGUGCCCCUAAAUCCAGGCCAAACCAAAAACACAAAUUCACGUCUAAUGUGUCCAGGAUCCUAGUCAAAGACCUUGUACUGCCACUAACAUUGCCAAAUAAUUUUAAUAAAACUGGAUUUGAAUACAA